GGUUAGAAACUCCAGGCUGCUUGAUUGCUCAGAUAGUCCUCAACACUGGAGCUUCGAGGAGUCGUCUCUCGCGUCCACAGGCUUCGAACGCACAAAACCCCCUCCAGAAGACGGCGAGGCCUCAGGCGUGACCUGCGCCUCCUCACCACCACCACGAGACCAUGAGCACUCACGAGCACAACCACUCGGACUUCUUGAACGGCACGCCGUGGUUUAUCUACGACUGCACCAUCGAGCUGGACACCGACUACCGGCGCAUCGCCCUCUUCCUGCUCUACCUGUUCAUCUUCAUCGUGGGCCUGCUGGAGAAUGCCGUGGUCGUCUGGGUGAACUGGCGUCGGCGCCACUCCGCCAACGGGGUCCUCUUCUGCGUCAUCAACGUGAGCCUGUCGGACCUGAUGGUGAUGGUGAUCCUGCCCGUCUUCCUGAUGGAGGUGACCAUGGACAAGGUUUGGCUGUGGGGCCGCUUCCUCUGCAAGGUCACGAACCUCGUCUACAUGGUCAACUUCUACAGCAGCUCCUUCUUCCUGGCCUUCAUGACCCUGGAGCGCUACCUGUCCCUGACCAGGCCCUCGUCUCCGGCGCUGUUCCCCGUGGUGGGCCGGCGGCGCUGGGUGCUCUGCGGCGGCCUGUGGGUGCUCUCCUUUUUCCUGGCUCUGUUGGAGAACAUCCACGUGGAUCUUCUGGAGUGGGACGAGCCCGGCUGCUUCAUGGUGCCCGAGCACAACUACAUCGAGUGGUUCGUCUGCGUGACCUUGCUGUCCCUGGUCUUCCAGUUCAUUGGCCCCGCUGCUGUCAUCAUCACCUGUAACGUGCUGAUCGCCCGGGCCGUUCGAACGGCCCCGGACGUGCAGGGGCGGCGGGACGUGUGGCUGGUGCACGUGUACUCGCUGGUGUUUGUCGUGUGCUGGCUGCCCUACUACCUGGUCCUGUUCCUUAUGAUCAUAGACGACCUCGACCCCUACAUCUUCGGCUGCAACACAAUAGAAGUCCUCUACUUCUCGUUCAGCGUGGUGCAGUGCCUGUCUCUGUUCCACUGCGUCGCCAACCCCAUCCUCUACAACUUCCUGAGCAAGAGCUUUCGCAACAACCUGGUCAACACGGUGCUGAACUACAUACCCAAAGAGGUGACCGUGGACCAGGUGGGAGUGGGGAACCAGCCCUGCGGCGCCGCCCCCAACGGAGGAGGCGGGGGAGACGCGGGGAGGCAGCGCAAGUUAAGUAGCACCAGCACAAGCCAGUCUGACGUUGGAUCAUAAGAAAGACACGGGGACAAGAACAGAGUCGGCCUCAGGAGCGAGACGUUUUCUAGGUGAAGAUUUGAAAGAACUGAAUCCAACUGUGGCACUUCUAAAAAACCAGAGGCAACGAUUGUGCCAGGAUUCAUCAUCAUCAUCAUCUCACUCCAACCGUUUGGACUCACAAUCCACUUCCUCAGCGUGUAUCUGAUCAGGAGGAAGGCAGCACAUGUGUGAAGUCUUACAUUUUUCUUCUUCCUCAAAGCCGUUCAUCUCCCACAGGAAAACAUGUCAGCCUCGAAAAUGUCAUGGCACGGGGGGGGGGGGCAAAUCGGCUGCCUGUCCACUACCAGACACAAACCAUCAUCCUCAUACGCAUAUCAACAUCUUUCAACAUGUGAAAAUGCAACCGGUGUCUUUUUUUUGCUUCUCUCCUUUAUAGAUAAAUUAUUCUUCAAAUUGAUCUGUUGAUUCUGAAAGCUGCCAUCAUCUUCCAUGUUCUGUUCUAAAUGCAAUAAAACACUGUUUGGUUCCGUCUGAGCUGGAAAA